GGGGGUCGAAAGUAGGCUAGAGAUAGUGUAGCAGAGUUGGACGCGGCGAAGUCCAUGUUGAGACGUGUAACGUUAAUGUUUCGUGUCAGUUAAGAAUGCCAGACCUAUGGUGAGCCUGCCUAAAAUUCUGUUGCCAUCGGCACCGUUUUUAAUGGGGUAAACUUUUUUUUUUUAAACAAAAUGGCCAAGCCUAAACAUUCGUUCAAUCUAUUUUGAGUAUUCGUGUUGUAGCAAUAGGUGACGAUACUAUUUUCCGAAAAGUCCGUAUUUUUACUCUUUCAACCAGAACCAUCUGAAGUUGUCCACAAAAUGGAUUUUAAUGCGCUAUGUUUUUUACGCUGUUCAGCAUUACUGACUUGUUUUUUAACGAACGUGACAUGUGGUGUGCGGACACCUACACCCGCAGGCCAUGUCACCAGGCCGGACGCUGUUUCUCUCAGAGUGACGCCCGUCCAAACUACUACCACGGGAACCACGGAAUCCCUUCCUUUCCCUACAGGUCACGCCGGCCCCACGGUGCACACCUGCACAGACGCGGCGUUCCACACCGGGAGCUUCGUGGGAGGCGUGGUGCUGACCUUGGCCAUGAUGCUCACGGUGUUCCUGGGAUACCGGCUGUCCUGCUCCCGACCGGAAGUGCGCUACAGCACCAUACAGGAAGAGCACGACGCCAUCAUUUAAGGACGGAGUCAAAAAGGAAGACAACCCACCACAAGCUCCAUCACAUUUUACUGUGUAAAGAACUGCAGUGAUAAUGGCGUUUUGGUAUACUGUUAAUGGUAUAGCAUGAUAAUGGAUCAUUUUACAAUAUUUUUUGCCAAAGCAGAGCAGGCAGUGGAACUGCAUGUUGAGCUUACAGUGCAGUUUUAGGAAGUCAGUUUUCAUACUUGAAAUGAUGCAGUUGUAUUGGAGACAAGUGCACAGUUCUGCAAUAUGUGGAUAUUUUAUAAGCCAUCGUUAAAUAUGUAAUGUCUUAAUCCAUGCCAUAGCAAUAAAUCUAGGUGGUGUGGCAGGUUUUUACCGUUCACUGGUUCAUGAAAGAUAGUCCUUGGAAACGAGCUUUGUGCAUUCUUUAGCCUGGCAACAAAGUAAGCAAAAUAGUGCAAAACACUGUAACCUUCCAACAUUGUCCAACAUGCCCAGGCAUAGAUUUAAUAGGUUUCUGUAUUCGCCUGCUUAAGUAAUCCCUCAUUUAAAAGAUUUUUUUCAUUUGAUAUUGGCUAAUAUUUGUUUAAUAGGAUUCUGGUUCUACUGAUUGAGUGAUUACAUUUGGUUGCGUUUCCUUUUAAUGAAUUGUGAAAUAAAAUGCAUUGUAGAAA